CGGAAGGCGCCGCGCGGCCCCACGCACUUCCUCUCCAGGAGUCCGUGCAGGGAGCUCAGCGCCGAAGCGCUCCGACAUUCCGAGGCCCUGCCCUUGUCAGACGGAGCAGACAUGUCGGAACAAAGUAAGGCCCUGGGCGACCCCGGCUUUGCAGCUGAGGCCCCCGACUCGGAGGCGUGCGACAGCCCUGGGGUUCCGAUGGGGGCCCCGCCGCCCGCCCCUCAGGCUGCGACCCUCGCGGGGCCAGAGAACCCCGCUCCAGGCCAGACCGACGUCCCGCAGGCCCCGCCGCAGCCCCAGCCAACGAGCGAGAAGGGGGACGCGAAGGCCCUGCAGCAGGCCGCGGAGGAAGGCUGCGCUCGCCAGGCGCUGAACGCAGCCCAGGCCCAGCCCGGCCCGGCGCCGCCCGCCCCGGCCCAGCUGGUGCAGAAGGCGCACGAGCUCAUGUGGUAUGUGCUGGUCAAGGACCAGAAGAAGAUGAUCAUCUGGUUCCCAGACAUGGUGAAGGAUGUCAUCGGCAGCUACAAGAAGUGGUGCCGAAGCAUCCUCAGGCGCACCAGCCUCAUCCUCGCCCGAGUGUUCGGGCUGCACCUGCGGCUGACCAGCCUGCACACGAUGGAGUUUUCGCUCGUCAAAGCCCUCGAGCCCGAGGAGCUGGACAGGGUGGCCCUGAGCAACCACAUGCCCAUGACAGGCCUCCUGCUGAUGAUCCUCAGCCUCAUCUACGUGAAGGGCCGCGGAGCCCGAGAGAGCGCGGUCUGGAACGUCCUGCGCAUCCUGGGGCUGCGGCCCUGGAAGAAGCACUCCACCUUCGGGGAUGUGCGGAAGCUCAUCACCGAGGAGUUCGUCCAGCAGAAUUACCUGAAGUACCAGCGCGUGCCCUACCUUGAGCCCCCCGAGUACGAGUUCUUCUGGGGCUCGCGAGCCAGCCGCGAAAUCACCAAGAUGCAAAUCAUGGAGUUCCUGGCCAGGGUCUUUAAGAAAGACCCCCAGGCCUGGCCUUCCCGGUACAGAGAAGCUCUGGAGGAGGCCAGAGCCCUGCGGGAGGCUGAGGCCGCUGCCCACUUUCCCCGCAGCAGCGUCUCCGAGGACUAGCAAGGUCUGGAGGCAGAGUAAUCGGUUCUGACCCUCACCAGGGCUCUGGAGGGGUGGGGGUGGGGCAUUAGAGUAUUCAGGAUUUACAGUGCAGUAUUUCACGUGUAACUUUUCAGUUUUCAGUACCGUGCUUUUAUACCUUUUAAUGCAAUGUAUUCAUUUGGGUACUAUUGGGUAGUGUUUAGGGUUUAUGCAUGUUUGUUUAUAAAGUAAGCUCGGUUGGUGCUUUUUCUUUUUGUCCUACCUUUCUUGGAUUUUUGUACCAGAGACGUGCUACACUUAAUGAAAUACAUUGAGAGAUUUUCCAUCUUACUCUUUUCUAUGAAGCGGAUGAUGUGUAUUGGGGUAGACUGCUCGUGGAGAGUUUGGAAGAACUCAGCAGUAAAGCUGGGCCGACCAAGAGAAAAGUCAAAGCCCUCUCAUUAUGUCCUCGCUGGACACAGGAAACACAUCCGUGUGGAGUUUGCUGAUUUGAACUGAAACGAUCUCAGUGUGAGCACUUGGCACACUUUACUAAACACAGAUACAACCCCACCAUGAGUAAACAUUAAAGAUCCUUGUGAUACAAUC